CUGACGACGCGCUUCCACACCGCGCGUGAAGAAGAACACGACUUCCGGCAGCGCGCGCCAGUGUUUCGUCAUGGCGGCGGGACCGAUAUCAGAAAGAAACCAAGAUGCGACAGUGUAUGUGGGUGGUCUGGAUGAGAAAGUGUCCGAGCCAUUGUUAUGGGAACUCUUCCUUCAGGCUGGACCGGUCGUGAACACACACAUGCCCAAAGACAGAGUGACAGGACAGCAUCAGGGUUACGGUUUUGUGGAGUUCCUCAGUGAAGAAGAUGCUGAUUACGCCAUAAAGAUCAUGAACAUGAUAAAGUUGUACGGUAAACCCAUCCGUGUGAACAAAGCCUCAGCUCACAACAAGAACCUGGACGUGGGAGCGAACAUCUUCAUCGGGAACCUGGACCCUGAGAUUGACGAGAAGCUGCUGUACGACACGUUCAGCGCGUUUGGCGUCAUCCUGCAGACCCCCAAGAUCAUGAGGGACCCCGACACAGGCAACUCGAAGGGUUACGCCUUCAUCAACUUUGCCAGCUUCGACGCAUCUGACGCAGCCAUCGAGGCGAUGAACGGUCAGUACCUGUGUAACCGACCCAUCACCGUGUCUUACGCCUUCAAGAAGGACUCUAAGGGGGAGAGGCACGGCUCGGCCGCCGAGAGGCUCCUCGCCGCACAGAACCCACUCUCGCAGGCCGACCGGCCGCAUCAGCUGUUCGCCGACGCGCCGCCCCCUCCUACCGCCCCCACCCCCGUCAUGACCGCGCUGGGAGCGGCCAUCCCGGUACCCGGCCUGCCUCCUCCUGGUGCUUUCCCCCCAGUACCCCCACCGGGUUCUUUACCUCCUGGAAUGCCCCCCGGGAUGCCCAUGCCCCCCGCUCCGGGCACUCCUGCCCCUCAGGGAGCCUCUGCAGUGCCCCCUCCUGGACCUCCACCAUUCCCUCCAGCAGGCAUGCACCCACCAGGAAUGCCACCAAUGCCUCCCUCUGGACCUCCUGGAAUGGUGCCGCCUCCUCCUCCGGGACCUCCGGGAUCCACCCAGCACCGGGCCCCACCCCCACCUGGAAUGCCUCCACCCCCACAGAUGGGCAUGCCCCCCCGGGGACCUUUUGGUCCUCCCAUGGGUCCUCCGAUGCCCCCCGGGAUGAGGGGCCCACCUCCCCCAAUGCCACCCCCGGGUUACGGCACAGGUCCCCCUCGUCCUCCUCCGUUUGGUUUUCAGAGACCCCCAAUGCCCCCCCGCCCCCCUGCACCACCCCGGGCCCCCAUCAGAGCACCCCUCCCCCCUUAACCCAUAGAUUUAUUCAAACCACAGCUUGUUUUUUUUUUAUUUCUCAUUCCAGCAGUUUACUGAAGGACAAAACUGUUGUGAGAAACCUCUGUACACUGAUGAUCCUCCUCUUUCAGUUUCUCUGCUCUUUAACAGGAUUAACUACAAAUAAACGUUUUUAUACUGAAA